AUGCUCGGCAAGCGCUUCUGGGUGCCGUCGGGGCUAGCAGCCAAAGGGGACUUCGAAGCGGCGGGCGGCGCAGGCGCCAAGAGCGCGCCCUGCCCGGGCGGCCAUUGGGCGCUCGCUGCGCGCCGGAGGGCGCCGGCGCUGCCCCGGUGGAGGGCACGUUCCAGAAGAAACUCUGGGGCGUCGAGAAGUGGAUGGCGACUGACCAGACGUAUUGCGAAGGGCGCGAGAGGCCGAGCACGCAGGCUCCUGAUGCAGGGCCCCACCGUGCAGCUCGAGUUCCGGGAGAUCCCCGGCGACCGGCCCGCCGCCGGCGGGAAGACAGGCGCCCAGGCCGCCACCAAGCAGCAGCAGCAGCAGCAGCCGCGGGGGAGCGCCGCCGCCUUCUGCCCGGACUCGCCGCCGCAGCUCUGCCGCAUGAUCUGCCAGCCGCCGAGCUGCGCGGAGGUCGAGAGCUUGAACAAGCUGUUGGGGAUUGUCAGUAAGGGCAAGGAGCGUUCGGAUUGCAUCUGCCUCUUUAUCCUAGUCGUGCUGCAGCGUUUCUUGAUGACGUAG